UGUAGCCAGAGAGCUGCUGCCACAUUUCUUUUCUCUUUCUUUUAUUUUCCUUUGCCUUUUUCUUUUUGAUUUUUUUUUUGCAACAUUUUCUCUAUCUGGUUCAGUUGUGGAGGGGACUGAUGGAGCAGCUUUGUUGGGCACCCGGCCUCCAGGCAGGGCCAGACCACCACAAAAGCACUUUGAGAUCCCAAGUUAUCCACAUUUAAAGCAGAAGUACAAUAAAGAGGAAAUAGAGGAAAAGGAAGAGAAAGAGAAAAGAGAAAGUGCAAGAGCUACUACUGCACAGGCCAGUGUGAGAAACAAAAUAACAUUUUGCUUCAGCCCAAAAAGACUGUGGAGUAAAAAACAAGGUCAUUGCCAGGGCAGAGGAAAAGGGAGUGUGUCUCUUGGGAGAAGGGUGUUGGAGCUGUCCACCACUGCUUUCAUUUGUCCCAGCCCGUUACAUCCUAUAGUAUUCCUAAUCUACAAAGGACUGGCUGUUCUGAAUACCAAAUAUCACUCCUGGAAGAAACAAAUCGGGUCCAAAGUGCACAGGUCUGGGAAGAGAAAGCAUGGGAAUGUAAUGAAGGUUUUGACAGUGGGGCAGCCACAGGGCUGGCCUGUGAGAAUAGCCCAGGGGCUGUCCUGGCCCACCUGCUUCCAGCUGGCUCCACUUCAGGAUGUCCUCCAGCAGAGAGAAGAGACUGGGACAGCAGCCUACAGAAAUAUGACUUUUUGGGGUUUUUGUGUUGUGGACAAGGGGAUGGAGUGCACCCUCAGUAAGCUCACAGAUCAUGCCAAGUUGGAUGGGAGUGUUUUUCUCUUCUGGAGGACAGCAGGCUUGGGGGUUCCCUACAACUACAAUUCUACACAGUCCCAGUAUGUGCCCUGUGCUUACCCCUUCAUCCAGUUUGUGAACAAAUUUGAAAAAGAAAACUGUGUCUCAGCAGUUUUUCAAAAGCUUGAAGGAGGAAGCUUCACAACCACCCUGGGCAACCCAUGCCAGUGCCCAGUCAUCCUCACAAUAACAAAGUGUUUCCUGGAGAUCAGAGGGAACCGCCUGUAUUUCAGUUUGUCACCACUCUCUGGUUGUGUCACUGGGCCCACUGAAAAGAGCCUGGCUCCAUCUGCUUUGAUCCCUCCAUUCAGGUAUUUAUAGACUUGGAAAAGAUCUCCCUAGGCCUUCUCUUCUCCAGGCUUAAUAGUUCCAUCUUCCUCCACCUUCCCUCAGGGUGGAGCUGCUCCAUCCCUCCAUCAUCAUAUUCACAGCUCUUCACUGCAUUCUUCUGAGCUGAGGAGCCCCAACCUGGAGCCAGCCCUGGAGGUGCUCAUCUGUGCUGAGCAGAGGAGAAGGAUCCCCUCCCUUGGCCUGCUGGCUGCCCUCUCAGUGCAGCUCAGGAUCCCAGAAGGGUGCAUGUUUUGGCUUGUGCUGGCCUUGGUGCUCUCCAGGACUUCCAAAGCCUUUCCUGACAAAAGCUUUCCAGCCCAGCUAGGUGGCCCCCAGUAUGCUCUGGUGCCUGUCUGGUAGAGUUCCUCUGCAGAAACAGGACUUUGGGCUUCCCAUUCUUGAACUUGGUGAUGUUCCUUGUGGUCAGCCCAUUUCUCAGGCUUGUCAGUGGCUAUAUUAUCCUUCAUCGCUUCCCUCAAAUUUUAUCCAAUAUUCAUUGCUGAUGUUGAAUUGUUCUCAUUAAGAGAACCACAUAGGACUGUAGGACAAGAAUUUUUGUGGCAGUAACUGCUGUGUGCAAUAGUUUCCAUUUGUCUUUCUCAAUAAAUGUACAAUGAAGUUGUAAUACUCAGCUGGCCAAAGAAGAUGCUACUUUUGAGGCCCAAGCCACCCAGAGUGGGUGUGUGGUGGAGAGCCUGGGCCACUCCUAGGGCUGGCUCAAGAGUCUGUAAGUGACAUGAGAGCAGCACUGAGCAUCAGGCUGGAUCCCUUGGUUCAUGGGCAGAAGCUUGGAGUUGCCAGUUCUUCUGGAAGCAGGCCCGGCCAGUCAGCUGCGAUGAACAACAAGUUCUCAAUGGGACGGCAGUGACAUGUUCACAGAGAGGAAGGCUGUAAACAGAUCUUCAAGGCCAAGUAGGUUUGAAGGAAUUCUAAUUGUUGAGAUUAUGGUUCUUUGAAGGCGUGCUUAGCCUACCUUUUGGAUGAAGGAAAGAAGAAGACAAGGUCCUCUAAGAAGAGUAAAAAGUGCACUGUAAAUAGACAUUCAGAAAUGUUUGCUGAUGCCAUGCCAUCACCGAGUAAUCAGCAGAAAUGUGUUGGAAAAUCACCCGUCAGUGACUUCACAAAAACACCACAGUCAGACAGACAAUCUACAACUUUUCCAGAGACACGGGGAAAUGUAGAUGCAAGUUCAGCUGAGAAAGUCAGAGGCCUGCCUGAUGUAGUUGUUCCUGAGGAAACAAGCAGCAGUACAUGGAAGUACCUGGCAGAACGGCGGCAAAAGCGCCACGAUGCAGCAGUGACCGAAAUGCAGCAGGAGCUGGACUGCAUUGGCAGGGAGAUGGAAGCCUCUGUUUUGAAUCUUCAAGAAUCCCUUCAGCUUGAAGUGAUGAAAUCAGAUGAAAAGAGUAAACUUCUGCUUGAAAAGAUUGCAUCUGACAUGGCUUUGGAAGGUUUCUCAUUUGAAGGUUUGAAAGAACUCUGGAAUAUGAUCCAUGAGGAGUCCUCAAACAGAAGGAAGUGGAUUAGGGCAGUGGACAGAUCCCUGAAGGAGAUUGAAAGGAGUCGAGCCAUGAAAAUAGCAGAUGUACUGACCAAGUAUACUGUGAAACUGGAGGAAAUUGCCUUCUUCUUGGCAGCUGAUGUUCACAAGCUCAUUAACAAUAAGGCCAUGAAUAUAAACAGAGCACUGCUGGGUAAUGAGAGGGCAACUGCCAAGCUGCUCUUUAAUUUAAUGAAAUCAGAGCUUGAGAAAGAAAAAUUGCAUCAACUGAAAUGGCAAGAGAGAGUCAGGGACUGGAAGCUCAUCCAAAAGAACUCUGUAGUUCAGAGUUUCAGAGAAUUUAUGGUAAGUGAAGAAAUACAGAAUCCCCAAGCUGUGAUAACGGAAAUGGAAAAUAUGAUAAAGGAGCAGAUUGUACUCAGUGAACAGAGACUGAGGGUUUUGCAGCACAUUAGUGCCUUGUUGCCUCCAACACAUAAAAAAUCUGACAUAAAUGACUGGUACACAACUCUGGAGAAUUUAAACAAAAGUAUAGACACCCAUAAUGCAGAGUGUGUGGAGAAAAUACAUGUCCAAUACAAGCUGGUCCAGGGCAAAUGUCAGGAAAAAGUGCAGACCUGCAAGAUGACUCUGUUGGAUAAGAACAUUUGCACAGUAGAAGAUGUUGAACUUGUGAAUUCCAACAUGCUUCAGAUGACUGAGAAACUAAGAAAUAGGUUUGAACAAGAACUGGAGCACAUGGAUAGUGAUUUUAAGGAGAUGGCUAAAUGGCAUGAGCAGCAUUGUCAAGGCUUGUACAGCUGUGUUCAGGAGGCCAUGGAUCUCUGGGAUGUCCAUCUGUCCAAACUGUCCCAGCAGGAAGAUGUACUUCAGAAGAAAGUAGAUGAAUACAGAUUGCAAAAGGAUAAAAUAAUACAGGUGAUGAAAGAUGAUCUGGAUACAAUUUUGGAAAAAAUGAAAAUGGCCAGCUGUGAAGAAGAGCUAGAGGAAUAUUUGAAGAAUGCCCUUUCUUCUUUAGAUCAAAUUAGAACUAGGAAUGAGACAUUGAAGGAGAUUGUAAUGAAUGAAGUAAUGGCUUAUCCAAAAGCUAUUUUGUGGGAGUUGAUUUCUUACAGUAUAUCCAUCAGCCAGCAUUUUAGUGUGAAGGAAAUCUUCAAACAGAACUUGCAAGGCAUGACAGACUCCACAGUUCAAGAUCAAGAUAAUACCUCAACAGUCCAAACAGGGCUCGAGGGAAGGACAUCCCAGCCCAGAGCAGAGCAGGAUGAUCACCUCUCUCAACUGGUGACAGAAGAUAGGGACAGUUGUCAGAAAUCUGCUAGAGAAACAAACCUAACACAGAAACAGGUGAUCUUGGCACAGGAAAUUGAAGAAACAGAGGAAGAAGAAAAGGAGAGUAUUCCUCAUAAAAGCGAAGAAAAUGAGCAUGCAGAACAGGGACUAAGCAUUACACAGUCAGUGUCUCAGAGCAGCGAGGGAGAAAGUGCUGAAAUUGUCACGGAGGUUUUUUCCACUGCUAGUGGAAACACUUACACUGUUCUUGGAGUUGAAGAGACAGGAGAGACUGACAUGAUAGAGAGUGAUUUUACAAAAUAUGAAAAAGAAGGAUCACUUCCUAUGUACCUGAAAUAUGUACUUCUCACAGAAGCCACAUUUGUUGAACUGAAAAAAAGGAUUCGCCUCUGCUUUUUUGAGCACUUGGAGGAAUGGUUUGCAGAAUCCUUGUCCAACUCCUAUGUCUUUGUAGCUGCCAAGAAAGAGGAGCUGAAUUUAAUACUUCUGCUGCAUCUUAAGUUGCAUCAACAAAAGCAGGAGGAGAUACAGACAAAUAUCUACAAAGUUCGAGCUGCGGAGCUGUCACUUCACAAAGAGCACCUUGAGUGCCACUGUGCAGUGCUGGCAGAAGGCCUGAAAAAGGAGAAAGAUGAAUUCCUCAGAUUUUCAGAGCAGCUCAAUAACCUCAACACAAACUUUCAUUCCCGAGUCCAUAACUUGGAGUAUGACUUGCUCCACGCGCCUGUGACUGAGCAGUUAACUUCUUCCAGCAAUAAUCUGGAAUCAGAGCUCCACAACCAUCUGGAAUCAAUCAGGGUUACUGUGAGAAGUUACCAGCAGCACUUGGAGGAAGCUUUAGGAAAACUAAGGGACGCAAAUGUGGCGUUUCUCAAAAGUUGCAGAUUAUUUUCAGAGGGUGGUGACUGUGCAUCUGAGGAGGUAAAGUUUUUCAAUGAGUGUCUUCAGAAUGAAAGUAAGCAAAUUGACUCCUUUGAAAGUUCAAUCAAGGCAGAUGUGGAGAAAAUAAAAUCGAGCUGCUUGGAGAAGGCUACUGAACUUUUCAAGCAGUCUGGAAAAAAGUUUGCUUCUCUGUCUCUGGGUCGAGCCUUUAUGGAGAAGGUCCAUCAAUAUUUGAGAAAGCUACGACAGCAAAUCAAAUCAGAGGUAGCGAAUUCCAAUUUGCAGUCAGUCACAUUAAAGUCUUACCUGGGAAAGCUCCAGCAGAAGAGAGAUGCUUAUGUUCAUUCUACUGCAGAUAAAGAAGUAACUUCUAAUCAGCAGGAAAUGGCUUUAACUUCUGAAGAGUUGUAUGCUUUUGCCAGAGAGGUAUUGGAAGAGCUGAAAAAGAGGAGCAAGUAUCUUGACUGCUUUGUAGUAAAGGCAAAGAUCCCACGUGCUGCUGAGACCUUCACCCCUCCUGACACAGAUGGGACGUUGCAAGAGCACUUAGCCACUCCCUAUGUGGAUCAGAGGUCACAAGAUGUCAUUGCUCCUGCUGCUCCAAAAGAGAGUCUCAGAGAGGAGAGCAAAAGGAUGGUGAUGGGACUGGAUCCUGACAAAUUCCCUUUGUUAAAUCCAAGUGGAUUGGAUGCAUCAAUUUUUGAUGAUUUGGCAAUAAAAGUUAUUGGAAAUUUGGCUGGAUUUGACCCAUCAAAAAAAUAUCGAGACCUAAAUCGGGGGAAAAAGAAUCCAGUAAAGAAGAGGGUAUCUGAUACAAAUUCUCAGAAGUCUACUAGCAAGAGGUCAUCUCGGGAUGAGACCAAACGAAAAAAAAGUGAAAAAGGCAGAAAAUCUCUUACCAAGGAUGACAGAUCCCAGCUAUUUGGAAAGAAGGCUACAAAGUCUGAUACUUUUAAAGGGAUUAUUAUGGAUAUUCUCUGGAAUGGUAACAACACCUUGCUCUCCCUUGGUGAGGAGUUCUAUGGAGAAAAGAAGAAUCCUUACUUGGGAAUGCUUGAAGAUCUGCCAGACACAUUUGAACAUUGGGCAGAAAUGCUCAAAGUGAAACUACUGUCAUACCAAAGGCAGACAGAUGAUUACUACAAUUUCUGUCUUAGAGAAUUUCGGGAUCAGCUGAAGUGCUUUGAGGAGGAGCUCUCUUCUGUUUCCCAACUGGUCGUGGAAAGUCUUUUAAAAGAACAUGAGCAGAAACUCAGCUCUUUUACUGGUCAUAUUCAGCAUCUCUUCAACAGACAGCUGAAAGAUUGGGAGGAUGUGAAGACUACGCACUGGAGAAAAUUACAUUACUCCCUAGGACACCCAAAUAACUCCCUUCAGCUGGAGGCUUUGUGCCAAGAGGAAAUAAAAAGGCAAAAAGAUCAAACUGAUGGUGUUCACCUCAACACAAAGAUGCUACAGGAUUGUGCUGCUGAGUGUGCUCAGGGCUUUUUUUCUGCACUGGCUGCCCUCACUGAAAAGCUCCUGUUGGAACUAGAUGAAACCAUCACUGUUGAUGAUGUAAAAGUAGCAGGAACUGAAAUACCUACAGAGAAGAUGCCAACUUUAAUGUCUUGUAAACAAACUGAACUUCCUCUGGGAGCCUCCAAAGUUCAACAGUUAGUCAAACGAGGAAGGAGGUCUUGGCCAGGAAUACCUGAGACUACUGUUCCUGACACUCCAGACUAUAUUCUUUGCAGAGGAACUGCAUCAGUUUCAACAGCUACGACUACCCUGGCCCAUCUGGCAGUGGUGGAUGCAAGACAAGCUGCAUAUAAGAAAUACAAAAGUAAGGUUGAACAGCUGUUUGCCCAGAUCAAGGAAGAAAAUGCAGCUCAGCUGCUGGCAAUUCAGCGUUGGAAUGAUUGGUGGAAAGAUUCUGUCUGGAAGAUAAAGCGACUCUACGUCUGAGAUCAGUCACAUUUUCCUGAGUUUUGUUGGUGUAAAUUGACACAUUUAUGUGAAUGUCACUGAUAUUUUUUUCUUUUAUCUUAUUAAUCCGUUGCAUUGAAAGAAGCUACAUUUUGCGAUGUUUUUGUUUGUUUUGCCAUGUUAUCACUCGUUUCCUCAUAUGCAGUCUUACGACUACUAAUAUGCUCAUCUUUUCAUUACCACCUGGUUUGGCUUACAGUAUCAUCUGUUACCAUUCACAUGUGUUUGUGCACAUGAACCCUCUGUGCAAGGGCACUUAAUAUAUAUUUAUUAGCAGAGUUUACAGAAUUGUGUUGCAAUUCAGCCCCUGAGAGCUGGUUUGGUCUGAAAGCUCCCCAAGGCAUGAAUGAGAACCAUCCCUAACUGAGCACCCUUGCCCAAGCAUCUCUGCACAGAGACCUCUGAUUGGAAAUGGCCAGCCUGAAAAAGAAACACAUUUUAUGUUGUCUUGUUUCAACAAGCUUUGACUUGCCUACCUUUCCCAUUCCUUGCCUCACCUCUCCUACCUUGUGUUGCCUACCCUUUCCUAUCACUUUCUUUCAUUGCCAUGCUUUGCCUGCCCCUCCCUUGCCUUGCCUUAUCUAUCCCUCUCUUGCCUUUCCUUCCCUUCCUCUCCUUUGCCUUGACCUUCUUUUACCUCUUACUUUCCUUGCCAUGCUUUGCUCCUCCCUUGCCCCAUUCUUUCCCCUCCCUCUUCCCUUCUCCUGCCUUUAUUGAUUCACCCUUCCUAUGCCACUCCCUUGCCUGGCCUUGCCUUUGUUUACCUUGCCCCUCUGACUUACCCCUCCUUGCCUUUCCAUACGUCCAUCUUGCCCUUCCUUUGCCUUGCCCCUCUUGUGUUUUCUCACCUUGCCUCUCCAUUGUGUUGCCUUGCUUUUCCUUGCCCACCUGGGCACACCUGGGCUCCUGCCCAGCCAUUGGCACCAGGACCCCCAGGGCCUUUCCCAGCGGGGACUUUGAGUCACUCUGCCCCAGCCUGGAGCUGCAGGGGUUAUUGUGCACAAUAGGGAUCUGAGACUUGGCCUUGCUGACCCUCACACCACUGGUGUUGGCCCAUCAAUCCAGCCUGUUUGGGUCCCUCUGCAGGGCUGUGUUGGGGUGGUUUUCUAUUCCCUGAUUAUCUGUUCUAGACCCAGAAAUGGUUUCUGUAGCUUUAAGGUGGGUCCAGGGGAGGGGGGAGCCUUGGGGGUUUUUGAGGGCUUUAUUCAAAGCCUUACUGCCCAGGCAUCUGUCAGGCUGUACAUUCUGGUUUCCUUUUUUUGCUUAGCUAGCUUGGGUCUUGUUAUCUUAGGCAAAAAGUUGGUUUUCUUCCCUUUCCCUGGUCUUGGAAACAGCAGCAGCAAUCCUUCAGUGGUUUAUUUCUUUAAUUGGAUGGUUUAAUUGGUUGAGUUCUGGUUUUAGAUCAGAGAGGACAAUCAAUGGGAGAUGAAUUGGCCAGGAACCAGGGGGAAGGCAAGAGGCCACUCCAUCCCAGCCCCAGACCUCAGAAAAGCUGAGGGAACAAGAGAAAGGACAUGAAAUCCACCAGCUUCAUCUGCUGUGAAGAGGAGACCCAUGCAAGAUAUUUACCAGAUUCUCAUCUGUUUUACCCAAGCUGCUGCAUGAACCCUUUGGGAUUUUUUCCAUUCUCUGAGACAGGAGACACCACCAUUUUUGUUCUCCCCACCACAUUGCGGCCAACAUUGUGGGUGUUUUCUUUCUUUCUUUCCCUGGCAUUUGGUUUUUCUUUUGUCCCAGCGUGGGUGUGUGUAUGAGGGGAGGGGAGGGGAGGAUAAGCUCUGACAAUUCAAUAUGUAGCAUUUCUUCUGUUUUUGUCCCCCGUGCUGGGCUCUGUCAAGGCCCCUGGACAUGAACGCUGGCCCUUUUGCCUGGAAAACAAAACUCACCCCACCACUGUUGAUGCCAGUAUGGAGGAGGUGUUUGGCACUGCAGGGCAGCCCAAGUUGUAGGUGGUGGCAGGUUGUCUGUGUGAUACAGGCUAGGUCACAAAUCACUGUUGCCUCAUUUUCUCUUUGUGAACUACCACGAACCAGGAUUUUCUAGAAAGGAGCUGCUUUGCUGUGUCGCAAACUCGCUUUUUUGCUGCCAAUUAUUAUUCCCAGCUGUGUGUAGUAUUUUAUCACCUUAUUGAAUUACAUCCUCUUUAGUUCAGAUCUUUGUUCCCACUCAUCAUGAUUUGUUCAAUUCCAGUUAGAUCUUUCAAAGUGCUUACAGCACUCACCUGGACAGGAUAUCCUCCACAAAUACAAGAAAAAUAUUCCAUACCUGUUCCCUCACAGAAGCAGUUCAGGACUCAAGAUGUAAGCAUCUGGAGGGCUAACUGCAAAAUUAACUUGAUACUACUUUGGAGUGCCAUUUUCUAAGCAUUUCAACCAAGUUUUGUAUAGCCAGUGCUCAUCCUGCUUAGGAGAGUAUUAGCUGAUAUGUUGUCAGAAGCCUUGCUGCAGUCAAGAUUCCAUAAUUUGGUUUUGAGAUGUUAUUGUUGAUUGUUGUUAAUCUUAUCAUCCAAGGCCUUACAAAUAAUUUGCUUAAUAAUUUCUUCCAGUAAUUUGGAAGAUACAAAAUUUUGUGUGAUAAAGGUGAUUGGCCUCUGAAUUCUCAUCCUUUUUUGAUUUAGGGUAGGCACUGUUUGCUUUUUGCUGGUCUCAUGAAACCUCAGUAUCUUUUUCUGAAUUCUUGAAGGGAAUUGCUAAUAGCCUUCAAAUUACUUAACCAUUUUCCUAAAUGUUUUGU